AUGUGUAAGUUCUCCUCGGAGCUCUUGAUGAGUGGAGACCCACGAAAAGUCUCCCUGGCUGACCUGGGUACCAGUUCCAUUCCCACCAUCCACUCGUUCUGUGUCCUUGGACAACAGGGACCCUGGGUCAUCCUAGGUGUGGGAGGGGGUCCAGAAGCAGGGGCCCGCGCAAGGCAUGGCUGCAAGGAGGACAUCAUACAAGUGGUGGAGGCGGUGACGGAGAAGCGGGAGGAGAAGCCCCAGGAGCAGGGCCUGGAAAUGCCAGGGCCGGGACCCAUGACUGCCUGGCCCCCGCUGGAGGCGCUGGAGGCCCUGCAAUUAGAGCUGAGCACUCUGAAUGCCCAAGCCAGCAGGGCCUACACUCGGCUCAAGCACAAGAUCGGUCAAAGGUGGAAGCCUCACUUGGAUCACAGAAGGGCCAUCCUCCAGGGCAUCCCUGGCUUCUGGGCCAGAGCCGUUAUGAACCACCCCCAGAUGUUGGCCAUAAUCAGUGACCAAGAUGAAGACAUGCUUAGCUACAUGACCCAUUUGGAGGUGCAGGAGCUGGGCCAUCCCAGGCACCGCUGCAAGUUGAUGUUUUCCUUUUGGAACAGCCCCUCCUUCUGGAACAAUGUGAUCAUUAAGGAGUAAGACAGCAUCACUGGAUAUAGGGCGUCUCGUUACACUCCAGUCCAGUGGUUUGGGGAUUAUGAAAUGGGAGCCCCCAGUCGCAGGCAGGACACCACCAGCCUUAACUUCCUCAACUGGUUGUCUGACCACAACUCCCCUGGGUCUAACAGGAUUGCUGAGAUCAUCAGCGAAGACCUGUGGCCCAAUCCCCUGCACUACUACCCCGGGGAGGAAGGCUCCACUGGGACAGACCCGGAGAUGAAGCAUUGGUGGUGGGUGGGCUCAGACUUGCCUGCACCUACCAGCCUUCAGCUCAUCAUCAUCAUCAUCAUCGUUAUCAUCAUCUCCAUCAUCUCACCUGCCAGGAGGAUUCUAAAUGCCUUGGGAGGUUUUGGGGAAUUUAGUGACUGUGGGCAGCUACAGCCCCACAUUCUCAUCAAAGACUCCCCCGCCUGCUGGGUCUGGUACCCCGAGGCUAAGAGGAGCCUUGGGAAGGAGGAGAUGGACAAGCGUUGGCCACAGCUCUUGCACCCUGUGUCCCCCUGGUGGCCGUACCCCCGCCACGCUGCCCUGCAGCCCCCCCACCCCAAGGACAGGAUGGAUACUCGGGUCCCCAUCAUGCUCUUCUGUCCCCUGUCCCAAGCUGCCAGCUCUCACUGGAUCGCCUUGUUCUCUGGCCCGUGGUCCCUGGUGGAGAGACCACGAAAACUGGCCCUUGGAGUGGACGGCUCAGUCCUGCUCAUCCUACCCUGGGAGCCCUGA